CUUGUUCAAAUGCUAAUACCAUCACUGUCAAUGUUGCCGAUAAAGGGUUGGUUUUUAGCCCACAAAACGUUACUAAUGCUAAGAAAGGCGAUGUUAUCUCCUUCUCGUUUGUUAACGGGAAACAUAGUAUCGUACAAAGUGACACUCCAGUCUCCUCAGGAAUACAAUCUCGGGGUGAUAAAUACGAUUACACCAUAACCCAGAGUGAUGGGGCCAUAUACUUUUUCUGUAAUUAUGCUCAACAUUGUCUUAACGGAGAGUGGGGUGUCAUAUACGUAGGUUCUUCCGCUAAAGCACCGAAUCGAAUUGAUCUAUAA